AUGGCUCCUUUUCCGGACGAGGUAGACGUUUUUACGGGCCCGCACUGGCGAAUGAAGCAGCUAGUGGAUAUUUAUUCCGAAAAGCUGUCAGAGACCAACUUCUCCAACAACAGCGACUUCCGCUCCUUCCUCAAGUCGUUACUUGCCACCUUCAAGGAGUUUAAAAUGCACGAGCAGAUCGAGAACGAGUACAUCAUCGGGCUGCUGGAACAGCGCUGCUGCACCGUUUACAACAUGCACUCCGACAACAAACUCUCCGACAUGCUGCUGCUUCUGGAGAAGGGCCUGCACAACGUCAAGAGCGAAUACGAACAGCUCAAUUACGCCCAGCAGCUGAAGGAGCGAUUGGAGGCUUUCACUCAGGACUUCCUGCCCCACAUGAAGGAGGAGGAAGAGGUGUUUCAGCCAAUGCUGAUGCAGCAUUUCAGCUACGAGGAGCUGAAGGCCAUCAAGAAGCAAGUGAUAGCGCAGCACCGCUGUCAGCGGCCGUGGGAGCGCGCCGCCGACGUGCUCAAAGGCUUCGGCUUGUGGAGCCGCGCCGAGGAGCUGCAGAAGGCCUUCAAAUACGCCGACCACGAGAAGAGCGACUACGAAGCAGAGCACGACGGAACCGGUUCGGUGCACGUCUCACAGCUUCCGGCCGAAGUGGUGGUGAGGAUCUUCCGCUUUUUGGGCCCGCAAGAUCUUUGCCGCUGCAGCCAAGUGUGCGCCUCCUGGUCGGAGCUGGCCAAAACCGGUUCCCUGUGGCGACACCUCUACCCCGUACGCUGGGCCAGAGGCGACUACUACGACGGCCCACCCGGAGAUUCGGACCAGGAGCCCGAUGAUGGCUGGCUGAAAAGUCGGGAGAAAGAAGCGCGCGCCUACCAGGACUGGGACGAGGACGCCGACAUCGACGAAUCCGACCAGCGCGACGACUCGCCGGCCAUCGGCGCCGCACAGCGGGAGAAGAGACUCCUCGACGGGAUGGUCCAGAACCUCCUCCCGGUCGUCGGACCGUCCGUCAAGUCCCUGGUGCUGGCCUACGGCUCCUCUGUCUCCAGCAAAAUGGUGCGUCAGAUGUUGAGUCUGUGUCCCAACUUGACGCAUCUGGACCUGACACAGACGGACGUCACCGAUUUCGCCUUUGACAGUUGGUCUUUCGUGGGUGCCUGCGCCUCGCUGGAGCACCUGGACUUGUCGGGCUGCGACCAAAUCACGGACCGCGCCCUGCAGAGACUCUCGCUGGGGUUGGGCGACCCCUGGCCGCCGCGCCGGCGCCGCCGCGCUCACCGAAGCGCGCCGGCCGACAUCGAGGACUCGGCGGCCGAGUGGACGCGGCGUCUGGAGACCCGGCUGCUGGACGCGGCGUGCCGGUGCCGGCGCGCCGACGCCGCCCUUUUGCGUCUUUGCGACGGCGCGCUCAGGACUAAUUGCCGCCGUUCGCAAACGGACACUAAACGCCGCGACGGCGGGACGAACCGGGCCGCGGCCGGGCGGCGGCUGGCUUUCCUCAGCCUGUCCGGAUGCUUCCGGGUCACGGACGCGGGACUCAGGGCCCUGUCGGAGGCGGGAGGACUCCCGGCGCUGGAGCACCUCAACCUGUCGGGGUGCCUGCGGGUGACGGAGGCGGGGCUCGGGCAGCUGGUGUCGGCGUGCCCCGCCCUCAACGACGAACACUUUUACUACUGCGACAACAUCAACGGUCCAAAAGCAGACACGGCGAGCGGAUGCCAGAACCUGCAAUGCGGAUUCCGAGCGUGCUGUCGCUCCGGAGAGUGA